AUGGCGAAUUCAUCGACUUCGGGACCGAAGUCAGAAAUGACAAUAAUCAGUGGUCAAAAUUCUAAGGAAAUUAACACUGAAUUUGACAUGUCUAAAGCCUUAUUUGAUAAACCAAAAAGGAGAAAACCUGCCUCUGCCACUGUGACCAGUUCUGGUGGGAAAUCUCGAAGUCCAAGCAGACCGAGUGGUAAAAAUAAGGAGUUGUUGAGAGCGAGUGAAAAGGUCGAAGGUCAGAAAACCGACAUAUUGUCUGCUACUAAGCCCAACCGAGGCAGUGAUUCUUAUUCCACCGAAGUACAAAAAGAUAAGUCUGUUGUACCUUCGAAAGAUGAUAAUUUAACCAUCUUGCGAGAAGAAAUGAAAUCUCUUCAUAAUGAUGCCUUUGCAGAAUUGUACAAAAUUGUACGAAUUGAUAGAAAAUCAAAACAAACUUUUACGACAAUCUCAACAAGUGGAUAA